CGGAGGAGCUCGACAGAAGAUCGAUCUACCGGAUUCCGUGGUGCACACUGGCACAGCCGAUCCUGGAAAUCAAACUGCAGCCCAUUCUGGCACGACCAUCCAGCUUGACAAUCGGUUGGUAAACAGCCUCGCGAUCAAGGGAACUACGGCUUUAUUAGAGCAGGGCAAUGGUGCCUGAUUGCCCUUAAGCUUAAAGACAUCCUUUUUCUUAGAUUAGCGUUGUAAUUGUAUAUUUACAACUUAAGCUACUCUUUCUGUGUCCGACCCCGAGAGAGUGCUAAUCGAAAUCACUAGAGCAUGCAGAUGAUAAAGGCUCAAACUGUAUCGAGUUUGUUCAUUCGUCGUCGUCUCUUCUUUUACUCCAAAUUGAGUUCUUUCGUAGGUGCCCGCUGUCGUGGAAAGUCAGUAAUAAAUUGGGUCUUCACGACGACUUUUUCUAGAAGAUUUUUGUAGUAUACAACAAGAAAAGGAACCGAGCAUGUUCUUGAAGAUGUUUCUUCUACGACUUGUCGAGCUCUAAUAACGAGGACAGGAAUCAUGGAUGGAUUGGAGUCUGUGGCUUGCAAAUCUUUCCUAAUGUAGCCUCGCC